AUGUAUAGCAAGUCGCUAAAGAUUACACUAGAAAUACUUGGCGAUAAUCAUCCGAGUGUUGCCGAUUCAUAUAGCAAAAUUGCAACUGUUUAUGAUCAUCAAGGUAAGUAUGACGACGCUCUAUCGAUGUAUAACAAAUCGCUCAAGAUUAGACAAGAAACACUUGGCGAUAAUCAUCCUCAUGUUGUCGAUUCAUAUGACAACAUUGCGCUUGUCUAUAAUCAUCAAGGCAAGUACGAUGACGCUCUAUCAAUGUACAACAAAUCGCUCAAGAUUAGACUAAAAACACUUGGCGAUAACCAUCCAAGUGUUGCCGAGUCAUAUAACAACAUUGCACUUGUCUAUAAGAAUCAAGGCAAGUAUGACGACGCUCUAUCAAUGUAUAACAAAUCACUCAAGAUUACACUAGAAACACUUGGUGAAAAUCAUCCGAGUCUUGCUACGUCAUAUAACAACAUUGGUGGUGUUUAUGAUAGUCAAGGCAAGUAUGACGACGCUCUAUCGAUGUAUAACAAAUCACUCGACAUUAGACUAGUAACUUAUGGUAACAAUCAUCCGAGUGUUGCCGACUCAUAUAAUAAUAUUGCAACUGUCUAUUGGAAUCAAGGCAAGUAUAAUGACGCUCUAACAACGUAUAACGAAUCAUUCAAGAUAAGACUAGCGACACUUGGUGACAAUCAUUCGAGUGUUGCCGACUCGUAUAACAACAUUGGUGGUGUCUAUUGGAAUCAAGGCAAGCAUGACGACGCUCUACCAAUGUUUAACAAAUCACUCGAGAUUAGACUAAAAACACUUGGCGAUAAUCAUCCGAGCGUUGCUGACUCAUAUAACAACAUUGCAAGUGUCUAUCAUCAUCAAGGCAAGUAUGAUGAGGCUCUAUCAAUGUAUAACAAAUCACUCAAGAUUAGACUAGAAACUCAUGGCGACAAUCAUCCGAGCCUUGCGGAAUCAUAUAACAACAUUGGAGGUGUCUAUUAUAAUCAAGGUACGUAUGAAAGCGCUCUAUCAAUGUAUAACAAAUCACUCAACAUUACACUGGAAACAACUGGUGACAAUCAUCUGAGUGUUGCUAACUCAUAUAACAACAUUGGGCUUGUCUAUGACACUCAAGGCAAGCAUGAUAGCGCUCUAUCAAUGUAUAACAAAUCACUCAACAUUACACUAGAAACUUUUGGCGACAACCAUCCGAGUGUUGCUACGUCAUAUAACAACAUUGGAGGUGUCUAUAAGAAUCAAGGCAAGUAUGAUGACGCUCUAUCGAUGUAUAACAAAUCGCUCAAGAUUAGACUAAAAGUACUUGGUGAUAAUCAUCCUCAUGUUGUCGAUUCUUAUAACAACAUUGCGCUUGUCUAUAAGAAUCAAGGCAAGUACGAUGACGCUCUAUCAAUGUAUAACAAAUCACUCAAGAUUAGACAAGAAACACUUGGCGAUAAUCAUCCGAGUGUAGCUGAGUCAUAUAAAGACAUCGCGCUUGUCUAUGAUAAUCAAGGCAAGUAUGACAACGCUCUAUCAAUGUAUAGCAAGUCGCUAAAGAUAACACUAGAAACACUUGGUGAUAAUCAUCCGAGUGUUGCCGACUCAUAUAACAAAAUUGCAACUGUUUAUGAUCAUCAAGGCAAGUAUGACGACGCUCUAUCGAUGUAUAACAAAUCGCUCAAGAUUAGACAUGAAACACUUGCAGAUAAUCAUCCUCAUGUUGUCGAUUCAUAUGACAACAUUGCACUUGUCUAUGAUCAUCAAGGCAAGUACAAUGACGCUCUAUCAAUGUAUAACAAUUCACUCAAGAUUAGACAAGAAACACUUGGCGACAAUCAUCCGAGUGUUGCCGAGUCAUAUAAAGACAUCGCGCUUGUCUAUGAUAAUCAAGGCAAAUAUGACAACGCUCUAUCAAUGUAUAGCAAGUCGCUAAAGAUUACACUAGAAACACUUGGCGAUAAUCAUCCGAGUGUUGCCGACUCAUAUAACAAAAUUGCAACUGUUUAUGAUCAUCAAGGUAAGUAUGGCGACGCUCUAUCGAUGUAUAACGAAUCGCUCAAGAUUAGACUGAAUACCCUUUGUAAUAAUCAUCCUCAAAUUGUCGACUCUUAUAACAAUAUUGCGCUUGUCUAUAAGAAUCAAGGCAAGUACGAUGACGCUCUAUCGAUGUAUAACAAAUCACUCAAGAUUAGACAAGAAAUACUUGGUGAUAAUCAUCCGAGUGUUGCCGAGUCAUAUAACAACAUCGCACUUGUCUAUAAGAAUCAAGGCAAGUAUGACGAUGCUUUAUCGAUGUAUAACAAAUCACUCGACAUUAGACUAGUAACUUAUGGUAACAAUCAUUCGAGUGUUGCCGACUCAUAUAAUAAUAUUGCAACUGUCUAUUGGAAUCAAGGCAAGUAUAAUGACGCUCUAACAACGUAUAACGAAUCAUUCAAGAUAAGACUAGCGACACUUGGUGACAAUCAUUCGAGUGUUGCCGACUCGUAUAACAACAUUGGUGGUGUCUAUUGGAAUCAAGGCAAGUAUGACGACGCUCUACCAAUGUUUAACAAAUCACUCGAGAUUAGACUAAAAACACUUGGCGAUAAUCAUCCGAGCGUUGCCGACUCAUAUAACAACAUUGCAAGUGUCUAUCAUCAUCAAGGCAAGUAUGAUGAGGCUCUAUCAAUGUAUAACAAAUCACUCAAGAUUAGACUAGAAACUCAUGGCGACAAUCAUCCGAGCCUUGCGGAAUCAUAUAACAACAUUGGAGGUGUCUAUUAUAAUCAAGGUACGUAUGAAAGCGCUCUAUCAAUGUAUAACAAAUCACUCAACAUUACACUGGAAACAACUGGUGACAAUCAUCUGAGUGUUGCUAACUCAUAUAACAACAUUGGGCUUGUCUAUGAUACUCAAGGCAAGCAUGAUAGCGCUCUAUCAAUGUAUAACAAAUCACUCAACAUUACACUAGAAACUUUUGGCGACAACCAUCCGAGUGUUGCUACGUCAUAUAACAACAUAGGAAGUGUCUAUAAGAAUCAAGGCAAGUAUGAUGACGCUCUAUCGAUGUAUAACAAAUCACUCAAGAUUAGACAAGAAACACUUGGCGACAAUCAUCCGAAAGUUGCCAAGUCUUAUAACAACAUUGCGCUUGUCUAUAAGAAUCAAGGCAAGUACGAUGACGCUCUAUCAAUGUAUAACAAAUCACUCAAGAUUAGACAAGAAACACUUGGCGAUAAUCAUCCGAGUGUAGCUGAGUCAUACAAAGACAUCGCGCUUGUCUAUAACAAUCAAGGCAAGUAUGACGACGCUCUAUCAAUGUAUAACAAAUCACUCAAGAUUAGACAAGAAACACUAGGUGAAAAUCAUCCAAAUCUUGCCAACUCUUAUAACAGCAUUGCGCUCGUCUAUGAUCAUCAAGGCAAGUAUGACGACGCUCUAUCGAUGUAUAACAAAUCACUCGACAUUAGACUAGUAACUUAUGGUAACAAUCAUUCGAGCGUUGCCGACUCAUAUAAUAAUAUUGCAACUGUCUAUUGGAAUCAAGGCAAGUAUAAUGACGCUCUAACAUCGUAUAACGAAUCAUUCAAGAUAAGACUAGCGACACUUGGUGACAAUCAUCCGAGUGUUGCCGACUCGUAUAACAACAUUGGUGGUGUCUAUUGGAAUCAAGGCAAGCAUGACGACGCUCUACCAAUGUUUAACAAAUCACUCGAGAUUAGACUAAAAACACUUGGCGAUAAUCAUCCGAGC